AUGAUUAAUUCUAUAGGCUCGCCUACUCAUACCUCUGCGUCGCACGAAGAUCGUAACUAUGCAUCUGAUAUAGAUCAUCAACCUGUGAGGUUUGUUCAUACAAUUUCAGAGGCAGGCAGGCUUCUACCUUCAGCAAGCCAAUGGAACUCAAUUGAACUUGAUUUUCAUCUUGCUCCGCAAUCAAACACUACCUAUGAUUCACUUCCUUCUCGAUACUCUAAAUCCUUCGACUACGAACUUGUUAUAACAGAUAAGAAAUACUUCAAGCGCUUUGUUUAUGUCUCCAUCCUCAUAGUUUUUGUUGUCCUAGCAAUUGUUCUACUAGUGCAAUUUCUGCCUCAUAAGCACAAGCACCAUGGAAAAUCAAAGAAUAUCACGCUCGCAUUAAACCAAGCUUUGAUGUUCUUCGAUGCUCAAAAGUCUGGGAAUUAUCCAAGCAAUAGUCCUGUCAAAUUUCGAGGAAGUUCAGGGUUGCAAGAUGGGAAUACGAGUAAUCCACCUGCAGACCUCAAGGGCGGCUUUUAUGAUUCCGGAAAAAAUAUAAAGUUCAGUUUCCCCACAGCCUAUACCAUUACCCUCUUGAGCUGGACUGUCAUUGAAUAUCAUGAUAAAUAUGACAGCAUAGGUGAGCUUGAUCAUGUCAAGGACAUUAUCAGAUGGGGCAGUGAUUACUUGCUAAAAAUCUUUGAUCCUCCAAAUUCAACUACAGCUCCCAUAAUAAUAUAUUCUCAGGCAGGCAUUCUAUAA